GAAGAGUCCUAUUAUUUUCUCUGUACUACUUUACUAAGAUGAGUUUCAGACAAAUAUAUUCAUCGUAUAUAUCAUCUCAUAUGUAUAUACAUAUCUCAUGAUCAUCUUUUAUAUAUCCAACAAUAUUUUCAUCAAAUCAAAUUAAUUAUAAACAAGCUUUCUUCAUCAUCAUCAUCGCAGACAAUGGUGCUCCACAUACUCAACACUGCUCCAAGCUUCAUGUUUCUCAAAAUUUCCGUGCCAUGGCCGGACCUCGUCUCGCCCUGCUUAUGGGACGAGACGAGCAUUGGCUUGCCCAUUGGAUUUCUGCUCAUAUUCCUGCUCUACUAUGUUAGAACUAACGCCCACUCGAUUUGGAACGGUAGUAAAAAGUCGUCUAGCGACGUUGCUAGAUAUGGCUUCGCCUACAAACUCGGCGUCGUAUGUUCCCUUCUGAUGAUGCUCGCUCAGUUUAUCGCGAUACUAACGUAUACGGAUGCGCGCUGCGCAUCUUUCGCGAAAGUUCUUUCGUCACGGAUCAUGCAAAUUUUGUCGUGGACGAUCGUUUUGGUCGUCUUGUAUAAGUUCGGUGAACGGAAGCAUCUCAAGUUUCCGUGGCUCCUCCGGUUCUGGUGGACGUUGGCGUUUUUGCUAUUUCUAGCUCGCACUACGAUUGACGUAAUUGAUGGCCGAGUUGGAGUGUUGGAAUACGCUGAUGGAAUGAGCUUUUUAACCUCAAUUUGCCUUCUAGGGUUAGCGAUCUGGGGAAACACCGGUGCGGUGGCCUCGAGAGAUUUAGACGAAGAUAUUAUCGAGGCACUUCUCGACGGAAAGGACGAGAAGCUUCCAGAACCAUCGAAAAAAGACAGCCUGUACGGGAAGGCGACGGUGGUCCAGCACGUGACUUUCUCGUGGCUAAAUCCGCUCUUCGAGUACGGCUACAGGAAGCCUCUCGAUCAAGACGAAGUCCCCGACGUCGACGUCAACGAUUCUGCAAGCUUUCUAACAGGGGCCUUCGAAAAAUGCCUCGAAACUGAGAAGGAGAAGGCUGCGGGGAACCCGUCGAUUUACAGAGUGAUGUACAUGUUCGCGAGAAAGAAAGCUGCGAUCAACGCGGUUUUCGCCGUCACCAGCGCUUCGACGUCGUACGUUGGCCCUUACCUGAUAAACUAUUUCGUCGAGUUUCUUAAUGGGAAGAAGUACAGGAGUUUGGAGAGCGGGUACUUACUCGCGUUAGGGUUCCUCGCGGCGAAGCUUGUGGAGACGACGGCGCAGAGGCAAUGGAUUUUUGGGGCGAGGCAGUUAGGGCUUCGUCUGAGAGCUGCGUUGAUUUCACAGAUUUACCAAAAGGGGCUGAGAUUGUCGAGCCAAUCGCGGCAGAGUCGAACGAGCGGGGAGAUCAUCAACAUCAUGAGUGUGGAUAUACAGAGAAUCACCGACUUCGUAUGGUAUUUGAACACUGUGUGGAUGCUGCCGGUGCAGAUUUCGUUGGCGAUUUACAUUCUGCAUAUGAAUCUCGGCGCCGGAGCUUUCGUCGCGCUGGCGGCGACGAUGACGGUGAUGACCGGCAACAUUCCAUUGACGAGGGUGCAGAAGGCGUACCAGAUGAAGAUCAUGGACGCCAAGGAUGAUAGGAUGAAGGCGACAUCUGAAGUUCUGAGAAACAUGAAGACAAUUAAACUCCAAGCGUGGGACGAACACUUCAUCGGAAAGCUUGUAGGAUUGAGAAAAGUCGAGCAUGGCUGGCUGAAGAAAUCUCUCUGGCUGAACGCCUUGACGGCGUUCAUCUUCUGGGGGUCGCCGGCGUUCAUCUCAGUGAUAACUUUCAGUGGAUGUCUUUUAAUGGGAAUUCCGUUAACCGCCGGGAGGGUUUUGUCUGCUCUGGCCACAUUCCGAAUGCUGCAGGACCCGAUCUUCAAUCUUCCUGACUUGCUUAAUGUUAUUGCACAGGGAAAAGUAUCUGUAGACAGAAUCUCUACUUACCUGCAAGAAGAUGAGAUCAAGGAAGACGCAGUCGAAUUCGUUUCGAGCAAUCAAACAGAGUUCCAUGUCGAAAUUAAUGAAGGAAGAUUCAGCUGGGAUACAGAGACAGGAAAUGCAACAUUAGAUCGAAUACAGUUGAAGGUUAAGAAAGGAACGAAGGUAGCGAUUUGCGGAACUGUAGGUUCAGGCAAGUCUAGUCUGCUCUCUUGCAUAAUCGGCGAGAUGCAGAAGCUGUCGGGAGAGGUGAAGAUCAGCGGUUCGAAGGCGUAUGUUCCUCAGUCGCCAUGGAUAUUAACAGGAAACAUUCGUGAAAACAUCUUAUUCGGGAAUGGAUACGAAAGCGAGAAGUAUGACAGAACAAUCGAAGCCUGUGCACUAACGAAAGAUUUCGAGCUGUUUGGAGCCGGAGACAUGACAGAAAUAGGCGAAAGAGGAAUCAAUAUGAGCGGCGGGCAGAAGCAGAGGAUACAGAUUGCUCGCGCUGUGUACCAAGACGCCGAUAUUUAUCUCCUCGACGACCCUUUCAGCGCUGUCGACGCCCACACCGGCACGCAGCUUUUCAAGGACUGCUUGAUGGGAUUGCUCAAGAACAAGACGAUAUUAUACGUCACUCACCAAGUGGAAUUCCUUCCUGCAGCCGACCUCAUUCUGGUAAUGGAAAACGGAAGAAUCGCGCAAGCCGGGACGUUCGAUCAGCUUCUGCAGCAGAACAUCGGAUUCGAAGCUCUGGUUGGAGCACACAGUCAAGCUCUGGAAUCAGUCAUAUCAAUGGAAGCUUCAAGCCGCGGAAAUGAUCAAACAGUGGCAGCUGAGAACGACGGCAAUGGAGAUGCAGAAGCAAGCCAAGAAAUCCCAUACGUGAAGCAAGAAUCGGAGCACAAUCUCUGCGCAGAGAUAACAGAGAAAGAUGGAAGAUUAGUUCAGGAUGAAGAAAGGGAGAAAGGGAGCAUAGGGAAAGAAGUAUACAUGGCAUACUUAACGAUCGUAAAACGCGGCGCCUUCGUCCCCGUCAUCAUCCUCGCACAAUCGUCAUUCCAAGUUCUGCAAGUAGUCAGCAAUUACUGGAUGGCGUGGGCAUGUCCAGCCGGCGAUGAACAGCCGAAGAACGGCCUGCAUUUCGUGCUUAUUGUGUACACGAUCCUCUCCUUCGGGAGUGCAUUCUGUGUGCUGAUCAGAUCCAGUUUGGUUGCCAUAACUGGUUUAUUGACAGCAGAAACUCUGUUCAGCAGAAUGCUUAAAAGCACACUCUACGCUCCAAUGGCGUUCUUCGAUUCCACACCUGCUGGAAGAAUCUUAAACCGUGCAUCGACUGAUCAAAGCGUGCUCGACCUGGAAAUGGCGACGAGGCUAGGAUGGUGUGCUUUCUCCAUAAUUCAGCUUCUAGGGACCAUAGCAGUCAUGUCGCAGGUUGCUUGGGAGGUCUUCGUCAUCUUCAUUCCAGUGACAGCGAUCUGCAUUUGGUACCAGAUGUAUUACAUACCGACAGCAAGGGAACUGGCGCGAUUAGCAGGGAUUCAGAGAGCUCCGAUUCUCCAUCAUUUUGCAGAAUCACUAACCGGAGCAGCAACGAUUCGUGCUUUCGGUCAAUUCGAUCGAUUCACCAAUGCCAACCUCUGCUUAAUCGACGAUCACUCACGGCCAUGGUUUCACAAUGUAGCAGCCAUGGAGUGGCUCUCUUUCAGGCUCAAUCAGCUCUCCAAUUUCGUCUUCACCUUCUCGUUAGUUCUGCUAGUCUCCCUCCCUGAAGGAAUCAUAAAUCCAAGUAUUGCUGGAUUAGCAGUCACUUAUGGAAUCAAUCUCAAUGUCCAGCAAGCUUCAGUGAUCUGGAGCAUAUGCAACGCAGAAAACAAAAUGAUAUCAGUCGAACGCAUUCUUCAGUACUCGAAUCUCCGAAGCGAAGCUCCAUUCACCAUUGAAGAAUCCAAACCACCGUCUCAAUGGCCAGAGACAGGAAAGAUCAGCUUCCAACAAUUGCAGAUUCGCUACGCCGAGCAUCUCCCAUCAGUGCUGAAGAACAUCACCUGCACAUUCCCAGGGAGGAAGAAAGUCGGGGUAGUGGGAAGAACAGGGAGCGGUAAAUCAACCCUAAUACAAGCCAUCUUCCGAAUCGUGGAGCCCCGCGAAGGCACUAUAAUCAUAGACGAUGUCGACAUAACCAAAAUAGGCCUUCAAGACCUAAGAUCAAGGCUCAGUAUCAUCCCACAAGAUCCAACAAUGUUCGACGGAACAGUCCGAGGAAAUCUCGAUCCCCUGCAGCAAUACUCCGACACUGAAAUAUGGGAGGCAUUGGACAAAUGUCAGCUAGGCGACAUAGUGCGCGAAAAGCCAGAAAAACUCGAAUCCACCGUUGUAGAAAAUGGAGAGAACUGGAGUGUCGGCCAAAGACAGCUCUUUUGUCUAGGAAGAGCACUGUUAAAGAAAAGCAGCAUUCUUGUUCUCGACGAAGCGACAGCAUCGGUCGACUCUGCAACCGAUGGAGUGAUACAGAAGAUCAUUAGUCAAGAAUUUAAAGAUCGGACUGUCGUCACGAUAGCUCACAGAAUCCACACCGUAAUCGACAGCGAUUUUGUCUUGGUGCUGAGUGAUGGAAGAAUAGCGGAAUUCGACUCCCCAGCUAAGCUACUGGAAAGAGAGAACUCUUUCUUCUCUAAGUUGAUUAAAGAGUAUUCGAUGAGAUCACAGAGUCUAAACACCAUGCCGAAGUUGCAGAGUUGAAUUUAAUUUUGCAACACGUACCAAUUGUGUUUUUUUUGCUUUGUAUAACUUAUUUAGAGAAAACAUAUCAAUUUUUUUUUUU